GGGGGGGAGAGAAAGAGAGUGAGGAUUGUGGGGAUUGGCGUAACGGCUAGGCACCACACACACACUACACACACACAAACAAGGGGUCACGGGAGGAAGGAGGAGGGAAGGGAGGGGUAGCGGCAAAAGGAUCCUCGUCAGACGCGCACGCCGAGCCACGCGUGACUCACUUGCCAAGAGUUGCCUCGUAAGGUUCUCGCGGGAUUCUCCCGCAUGGAGCAGCACUCUACACGAUGCAUUUAACGCGCGUGAAAGCUCUCAGUGACUCUCAUCGACAUUCGUCUGAUUGGUCUACUUUAAACUCCGCUCCUCAAUGUGUCAAGUGUCUACGAUUGUGAUCAAAUUUUUCCUAAAUUCUUUAUGUUAAAAAGGUGUUUCUUUAGUUCUCCGGCUUUUUUUAAAUAGUUUUACUAAACGGUUCUUCUAAACAGUGCUAGUUGUUCCUAAAUGAUUUUGUCUUAACAGUUUUAAGAAAUAGUUUCUCUAAACCGUUUUUCAAGAAAGUUUCUAAAUAGUUUUUAAAGUAUAGUCGUUUCUUUAGAGGUUCUUUCAAAACCUCGAGGUGUGAUAAUUGAAACAGUGAAUUUGAUGAUAUAUUUAUUUGAACAAGUGAAUCUCAAGUUUUGUGGAUGUUAGUGUGCGCCUGUAUGGGAUGUACUGGGAUUAAAGGAUAAAUUUUCCGAUAAAGAGACCCACACUGUGGCGAUGACAGACCCGCAGUUGACGAAUAACAACAACAAUAACGAUGGCGAACCAAAGUACCUGCACAAAAAAUUCAAAAAAAUGGCUUCAACCGAAGUCAGCCAAAAUGUGGAGGCUCGAAAGGAAGCACCUGCCGAGGCACCACCACCGCCGCCGCCAGCACCGGCACCAACACCAACUUCCGAGAGCGAGAAGAAAAAGGAGGUAGCAUCCGCACAGGAAUCCGCGGAUAGUGAGCCGAUAGUCGAGGUGAAAAAGAGCGGCUACGUUUGCUCUUAUUGUAAACUCUCCUGUGCCAAGCCCAGUGUUCUUCAAAAACACAUCCGGGCUCAUACCAAUGAAAGGCCUUAUCCCUGCGUUCCCUGCGGAUUCGCCUUCAAAACAAAGUCCAAUCUCUACAAGCACUGCAGGUCGCGGUCCCAUUCUCUCAAACUUGAGGGCACCGAAGCCAACAAGGUAUCAGAAGAUUCGGACAUAAGUCUAUCGGACAGUGCGAGCAAUGGAACGGGAACACCGCCUCCGCCGCCAACUUUAGCACCGAGCUCCUCCUCAUCGACUAUAAAGACUGUUAAGACUGGCAAGAUAUAUAAACCCAAGUUCCAUACAGCUUUGCAUAAUGCGAGCAAUGAGACUGAGACGUCUUCCAAUUCCUCCAGCAGUAGCAGCUCCUGUUCCUCAACUAACAUGACACCGAAUAAUGUUAAACCAAAUGCGGAGCGACUGCAGGAGCACAUAGAUAAAAUAAUCAGCGACAAUCAGGUUAUUGUCGAGUCGGUUGAUCCACGUUUGCACAAACUCAUGCAGCGACAGCAGAGUCUAGUUGAAAUCAAGCACCACACCGAACAGCCAUUAAAUCUCUCCUCGGGCGAUGAAUCAACAAUUCGAAAACGAUGCUACAGCGAUAGUUUUGCUCAAGACGGCGGCGGCGGCUGCGGCAAAGAUUCACAGCAAUUAAAUAACGAUACUUCCAUUAUUAAGGAUCUCCUAUUAAAAGCAGGUGAUCGCCAAUCAAAUCACGACGACAGUAAUGACAGUAAUGAUAAUUUUGUCUGUCAAUUCUGUAAAAUCUCCUAUAUGAGCGCCGAUAAUCUCGAGGCGCACAAGAAAUUCUAUUGUAAAGGUGUCAUGAGUCCCAGACGAGGAGACUUUCAACUCGAUUUAGAUAAAAGGGACAACAACGAGUACGAUCCCAAGGUUGAUUAUUACAGUCUUCAACCGCUGCAAUCGCCUGGACCACUUCUUGGUAAUACGAGACUCGUCGAUGCCUACACACCGCCGGCGAAGAAAUCGCGAAACGAACCAAUGCCCGGCACAUUGCGAUCACUCGAGGAAUUAUCAAAAUUCCCAAGACCAAAUUCACUGCAAAUGUUUGGCGGCGAGGUGCGAAUAUUGGACAACUCAGGAGAGACAAAGACUAUGAGGAUCGAACCAAGGAAAACUAGUUCACCCACCAGUGAGCACAUUCCCUCCAACAAGUGUGCCACGUCCGAAACAUCAUCCAUCGUCGUCAGAUCCGGUCUUCAUUCCGGUGGGACAAUGGUGCACAAACCACCAGGUUGCAGUACACCGGACACAGCAUCAAACUCAUCUUCCAUAUCUCUACCAGAUAAUUCGAAACUAUUAGCGCCCAUUGUACCAAACAUAUCAACAACAAAUUUAGCGCCCACAAUGACGUGCUACAAUUAUCUGGAACCACAUUUGAAUCCAUUAACAAACAUCACUGCCUACAAUCCACUGACAUUACCGCAAGCAGGAAUCGCCAGUAUUCUUCACGGUGGUAAAGUAAUACCAUACGUUCCCGGUAUGCCCGGUCCACACACACUGACCAAUUCACCCUCCGUAGACAUAUCCCCCUCAACUCUAACUCCGGGUGAUGCAGCAACUUAUAAAGUGAUACCCGGCAUGCCGGGCCUCCACAUGAUUCCACAGCCAUUGAAUCUCGCCAGUCCCGUGAAAAUCCACCCUCAAAAUGUCCCCGAAAUUCCCGGCCCCCACGAUACAACACUCAAUCAGCCACUCGAUCUUGCCAACAAUAAAUCCUCGAAUUUCAAAACACCGGAUGGUAAUCGUCAUUUAGGCAAAAUUCCCUCGGAAAAAUACCGAAGUUGUAAAUCGCCAUCGUUAAUUAUCACCGAUGACGAUCGUCACUCCAAGAAUAAUCCUAUCAGUAACAAAACUAAAGAAGAAGAGCUCGCCUUCGAACAAAGUCCAAAGAUCGAUAAAGUAUUCAAUUAUUCGAGGUUUGACGACAAGUCACCAAAUUCCUACACAAAAUUGAGAUUCGAGAAUAGAAAGCGACACUCGACCUGGAGUGUUGAGGAAUUGGAGGAGAGAACCUCCUCCGUCGAUAUAAAUCCAGAGAGAAAUUCACUCGACAGGCCAACGACACUCAAGAGUCCCGUCUCUAAAGAUCCAAUUCUUCCACAUGAAAAUGGUCGUUUCAAACUAAACGGCGCCAAGGUCAAGCCCGAAACAUCAUCGCCAGUCAUACUCGUCAAUCUCGACACCAACAAACCGGAAAUACGAAAUAAAUCACCAGUGAUAAAUCACGAUACAAUUUCGAAAAUAGACAACAAAGUGGAAAUAAAAUGGAACGACACGGACAAUGAAGAGUCGAGUAAUCCGAAAUUUUUACGACCCACUUCAUUGCCAUUAAAACCGGGGACAUUUACCCCUAAGAAACAUCAUGGAAUAACGCCAACGGCAAAUACAUUACCGCUGAUAAGUCCCGAGACACCGAGACAGAGGAAGUCGUAUGGACAAGUUUUUUUCAAUGGACACGCUUACACUUAUCUUGGUCUAAAGUGUUCGACACGAUUGUAUUAUUGUACAUUGAAUAGACCGCAGCCAAUGUACGUUAUGCAACAGCACAGUUUGUCAAUGUAUUCUAACUGGAAGAUUUGUAAAGAUUCACCGCCGGAUGUCGAUAUGGCCCAUUACGAUUCGCGUCAUAGACCUCAGAAUUACAGUAUUGCCUCGACUAAACAAGAGGAUAUUAUGACUCAUUCGUCGCGGCGACCAACAACGCCGAUUAGCUCUGACAGUGGAUUGGAAAAUGAUAACCAGGAGAAAGCGAAGAGGGUCAAAAUUUUCGAUGGGGGCUUCGAGAGUAAUGAGGAUUACACGUACGUUCGUGGUCGAGGUCGUGGAAGGUACGUUUGCGAAGAAUGUGGUAUUCGUUGCAAAAAACCGUCAAUGCUGAAGAAACAUAUCAGAACACACACCGAUGUCCGGCCAUACACUUGCAAACAUUGUUCUUUCAGCUUUAAGACAAAAGGCAAUUUGACGAAACACAUGAAGUCAAAGGCGCAUUACAAAAAGUGCGUCGAACUGGGAAUUGUGCCAGUGCCAACAGUUGUUUGCGAUGAAAACAUUGAUAAAGAGGCAAUCGCACGUCUAACGGCAGGCGGUGGAAACGCUGAGGAAUCAUCGUCCGAAGAUGAUGAGACGGAAGGCGACGAAAGUGAGGAAUCCGGCAGCGAGGAACAUGAAGCGGCCCAAAGUCUCUUGAGUCUCUCCCAACGUACUUCCGGUCGACUACCAGGUCUCUUGCCAUCGGGCAGACCAAGGACAUAUCCAUACACACAAACACUUCCCACUAGUUCAGUGACGACAAGUGUAAUUUCAACAGUCGUCAGUUGUUCCACUUCAACGACAAUCGUGUCCCAAGGAACAUCAUCAGUCAUUCAUAAUGAACUCUCGAAUAGAUAUUACUUCCCCUCGAAUCGUUCAUCAUCCGAGGAAUCACGAUCAAGUGUCAUUCAAUCAUCGAUAAAGAAUGAAUCCGACGUGGAAAUGGAAUCAGCCAGUGAUAAUUCGAAUACACGACACUCAUCAUCAUCAGCAUCAUCAGCAUCAUCAUCAUCAUCAGCAGCAUCCUUAUCAUCCUUAUCAUCAUCACAGCCAAUGGAUUUGACCAUAAAACAAAUUUCACAAUCCCCCACACAACGAGCAAAGCCAAUGGAUAUUUUAACACCAGUCUCCGAACCUGUUCUCCUGCAAACAAUCGUCCAGAGUAUGGAGAGAUUACCACUUCACGGCAGAGAAUGGAAACCAGAGACUGAUGGUCACAUGCUUCAGGCUUAUCUCACCGAGAGACACGUAAUGGACAGUAAGAUGAAGGAGCAAUAUCGCGUGGGUAAAAUUGACAAGCAUAUCAAGGAACGGGAAUUAUACUUACAGCAGCAUAAUUCAAAUCUCAGCGUUGAAUCUCAUGGUGUACCAACAGUAACAUACACUGAUCCGACAAAAUUACAACAACCCACCGUUCUCGAGUCAAGAAUCAAGAAUAUGUCGAAGCAGGCUUCGGACGAUAUCAAACACGAAAUCAGAGAGAAGAUUUAUCUGAAUAAUCUCAACGUUGAAAGGCGUCCAUUUGAUAUUGAUUCGAUCUACAAGGAUAAGGAUAAUUUAUCGCGAUCAACGAAUUUACGCGAAUGCUUUGAACCACGCUCCAUCAACACAAUACCACCAAGAACAAUUGAUUAUAAUUUAAUGAAUCUUUCCGAAAGGCCAAAUUUCGUCAUCGAUUCAAUGAAUGAAAAAACAUUCAUUCAAGACGUAAAUAAUCGACCCAAGAAUGACGUCGAUCGUAAUUCAAUGUUCAAUGCAAUGAAAAUGAUGAGGGAAGUCGAGAGACCGCAAACAAAUAGAUCUCACACACCAGAUUUAAGGAACAAUGAAAUUCGACCACCGAGUCGUGAGAUGCGUAACGUGAAUCAAGAUUUUAGAUCGACGAUGACGACAACGACGACGACGACACAUCCUAGAACAAAACAAGAAUUUUCUGGCCAAAUGGAAAUUGAGGCAAGAUCACCGAAUAGAGAGACGAGAAUGAUUGCUGAAUAUAGAACGACGCCGGAAACUGUUUUACAACCGGCAUUACAUGAGUCGACGAAUUUACAUCAGGAAUUACCAAGAACACAGGGAAUGGAUAUUCGCGUUGGAGAGAGAUUUGAUUCAAUUGAAUUGACCAAGCAGAGCAUUAACGAGAGUAUUAAGCAUUCGAUGCAACGAAAAAUGGUCGUUGGUGGUCCGCCCUUUAGGAUUCCAUCGUCAACGGGAGGUAAUUCGAAACCUCAAGCGGAAUUCCUGCAGCCGUCGAGUGGUCCAACGCCAAAUUACGUUAGUGUAAUGGAGGAUGGUCGUAGUGUUUGUGGAAUGUGCAAUAAAGUCUUCAGCAAGGACGCAAAGGAAAGUCAUUUAAGGUUGCACAUCAACAUUCAUUAUUUCGAGAGGCCAUUCAGGUGUGAAAGUUGCGCAAUUCCUUUCAGAACAAAGGGCCAUUUAACGAAGCAUCAACGUUCUAUUUCUCAUCGUAACAAAGUUAGUAUGACUUCCACUUUCGGAGCAGCUACCAGCAGCAAUCCAAGACCCUUCAAGUGCAACGAUUGCAAAAGUGCAUUUAGAAUACAUGGACACCUGGCUAAACAUUUACGUAGCAAAAUGCAUAUUAUGAAACUCGAAUGCCUAGGAAAAUUACCCUUUGGAACUUACGCCGAAAUGGAACGAUCUGGUAUCAAUCUCAACGAUAUUGAUACCACAGACUGUGAUAAUAGUCUUGUCAGUCUUCAGUUGCUGGCCCAGAAGCUGUACGAGAAAGAUCCAAGUAAAAUGGGUCAAUGGGAUCCGGAAUCGGCUGCUAAUCAAAUAAAUAAUAAAGGUGAAAAUUCAUGUGACGAGAGCGAUGAACUACCAUCAUCACAUUCAAUUCAUUCAUACCAAUCGUCUCAAAUUGUCCCCGAUGCCGAGGCAUCACGAACAUAUCAUGUGCCAAUUCACGAGGAAACAAAAACCCUUACGUUCAAGUGUCAAAUUUGUUCUGUAUCAAUGCAAACAUUAAAUGAAUUGCAAGUUCACUGUUUUGUCGAGCACAAUAUUGAAACCGAUACAAGGGAUAAGGAUGGAAUAAAAUCGAGAUUCAUCGACGAAAUACCAAUUCGACAAAAUGACAGUGCAAAGAAACUAGAAGAUAUAUAGUGACAAAAUAUUUCAAUACUGAAUAUUUUUUUUAACUGUUGUGCAGUUUCAAAA